AUGGCAAUCAGAGUCCAUCUGGUUCAGGCCUGGGUUCUCCUCUACAGAAUCCUUCUAAAAUUACCACUACGAUACAGGGAUGAGCUUCCAGAACUGCCACCACCUGCUAUUCAGGAUCAACAAACUUCUAUCCCAAAGCAUGUAAUUAUUCAUGUUUUCAACUCCAUUCACACCUGUUUCAACAAAUUCGGCAUUGCUCGUGAAUAUCGUCAUCACCCUACCUAUGAUCUGGAUGCAGCUGUGUCAGGAGAUGAUCUAUCAAACAUACACCCUCCUCAAUCCAAUAUCGACGACAGCAGUACACAGGACAUUGAGACAGCCUCCUCAAGCAAUCUUUUCACAAUGCAGCCACCAUGGCCAUGGAAAAGUAUGUUAGUCUGGUGCUUGAUGUCUUGGUUGGUGACUGGGAGCAAUUGGAAGUCCAUGACAGAGACCAAACAUUUGGUGAAUGAGGUGUUGAGGGCAGAGGACUUUGAUCUGAAAGAUUUUGAAAACUUCAAUCCUGAUGCUCAGAUGAAGCAUUUUGAUGCUUCUGAGGAUUGCAUGGAUGUUCCAGGCAUUUUCCAGCAAGAUGGCUGGAAGGAAACUGAUGUCAAGAUAAUGGUUCUGUCAAAGGAAAAAAAUCCCAAAGGGAAUGGCCACAUGUUCUCUGUUUCUGGGCUCCUCUACCAGCCACUUGUUGCAGUUAUAAAAGCUGCAUUUUCUUUUUUUUUGAGAGGCCAUAUUGUCUUAGUGGCAACCACCACUGGCUGGCCCCACUUAGACAGCACUAUAGCACCUGAUUUGAACCAAUGCAGAUAUUCAGAUCUGACCAGUAUAGCAUUUUUUCAGGCAGAAGAUUGCUAUCUCUCCAGGAAGAAAUGCAUUUACACAUACCCAUUGCUGGAUUAG